AGCGAAGCUGUGGCAGAGCAUCAGUCGGGUGGCAACUGUCGAGCAUGUGCGUGCUUCCUCGUGUUCCUUGAGUCGCGUUCUCGAGAGUCCGGGUACCGUUUCGGCGCAGAAAUUGCAUGUACACCCCCCCGGUACGUGAACGAACGUUCGACAGUUCGCGAACAUGUGAUUUAAACGGUGGCGAGAGUCCGUCAACGCCGAGAAAGAAAACGUGCGUGAAAAGUGAAGGUUGUUCCCCUGGCCGGAUAUAUCGUUACCCCGGCAGCAGCCUCGUUCGAGGGGGUGGAGAAUAAUGUUCUGAGCCGUGUGCCACGCACAUCAUGGUUGCUAAGCACUUCACGCAGGGCUCGAGCCCUGAGUUCGGUGUCCCGGACAUGACGGUGAUCAGCGACAUCGACGAGACGGGAAUCAAUCGGAAUCUCCAAGUUCGAUAUGGGAGAGACCAGAUAUAUACGUACACGGGAUCCAUAUUGGUGGCUGUGAAUCCGUACAAGGAGGUGGACUUCUACACGAACGAGUACGUGAAUAGAUACCAUGGACAAAAGAUGGGCUCCCUGGAGCCGCACGUGUUCGCGCUCGCCGAGGCGGCUUACAGGUCGCUCCAGGACACCGAGAGCAAUCAAUCCUGCGUGAUAUCGGGGGAGAGCGGCGCGGGGAAGACCGAGACCACGAAAUUCAUUCUGCAAUACCUGUGCUCGGUGACCAGCAACGUGGACACGUGGGUGGAGCAGCAGAUCCUCGAGGCGAACACCAUCCUCGAAGCGUUCGGUAACGCGAAGACAGUGAGAAACGACAACAGCUCCCGUUUCGGGAAGUUCAUGCAAGUCUGCUUCGACAGCAAGUGGAUGAUCAAAGGAUGCAUCAUCCAGGAUUACCUGCUCGAGCAGAGCCGCAUAACUUUCCAGAGCGCCGGUGAGAGGAAUUACCAUGUGUUCUAUCAGCUGGUCGAGGCGGGUACGAGGGACAAGGAAUUCGCGGAACAAUACAAAUUGAUGCCAGCCACCCACUACAAGUAUCUCAAUCAGUCCGGCUGCGUGAAGAUCGAUGGGAUCUCCGAUUCGAAGAAACUGGACGCGCUUAGGCUCGCGUUCAACGUGCUCCAGGUCGCGCCAGAGAUGUGCGAGGGCAUCUUCCGGGUGCUGUCCGCCAUUCUCUGGCUGGGCAACUUGAGCUUCGAGGACGUGGACGGCGAGCGUUGCGAGCUGACUAAAGAAGACGUCGAGAUCAUCGGGACGGUGGCGCCGUUGCUCGGCCUCCAGGUCGAGGAUCUAACGAAGGUGGUCCUGAUAAGGCAGAUAAACGUCCGCGGCAACAUCACCGAGAUACCGUUGAAGGUGCAAGAGGCCCGGGAGAACCGGCACGCGAUGGCGAAGGCGUUGUACUCGCGUACGUUCGCCUGGCUGAUCAACCACAUCAACAACUGCACGAAUCCCGGCCAGGACAGCUCCAGAUUCCUCGGCGUCCUCGACAUAUUCGGCUUCGAGAACUUCGCCGUGAACAGCUUCGAGCAGCUCUGCAUCAAUUACACCAACGAGAAGCUGCACAAGUUUUUCAAUCACUAUGUAUUCGCGUUGGAGCAAGAACUAUACCGCCAGGAAGAGAUCCAAUACUCCCAUAUCACCUUCACGGACAACACCAUGUGCCUGGAAUUAAUCGAGAAACCUCCGCGCUGUGUUCUUAAGUUACUGACGGAGCAGUGCCAUAUGCCGAAAGGCUCGGACCUGGCUUACCUGACCAAUCUGCACGCCGAAUUUGAGAGCCAUUCGUGCUACGUGAAGGGCGACGACCGCCGCAAAUGGGAGAAGGAGUUCGGCGUGAAGCAUUACGCCGGCUGCGUCACCUACACGGUGGAGGGUUUCGUGGACAAGAAUCGGGACGUGCAGCAGGACGUGUUCUUUGACCUGAUGUCGCGCAGCACCAACGAAUUCGUGCAGGAGAUCACGGUCUACCAAGAUCUUUUAGGGUGCACCGUGGCAAGGGCGAGCGGAAGCGCCACCACGAUGUCCCGCGGAACGUCCAAGGGCAAGCCGACCCUCUGCGACUCGUUUAGGCACCAGUUGCAAGCCCUGGUCGACGUCCUUCAAGCCACCACCCCUUGGUACGCUAGAUGUAUCAAGCCCAACAUGCAGAAGAUAGCGAAUCAUUAUGACGAGAAGCUGGUCCUUGAUCAGCUGAAAUAUCUGGGCAUGUUGGACAUCAUUAGGAUUAGGAAAGAAGGUUUCCCGAUACAUAUGGCCUUCCACGACUUUGUUGCUAGAUACAUAUGCCUCGACAAAGGACGUAUGCCACGGUUCGACGAUGAGAAAGAGACCGUGAGAUGUUUGAUCGGUAGUCAGGGCAUACCGGAGACCGAGUGGCAAAUCGGGAAGACCAAAGUGUUCUUGAGGAGCUACGUGCACGAGCCGCUGGAGGAUUCUAGAAAUCAGAUGGUCACUAGCAAUGCUAUAAUGAUACAGAAGAUCUGGCGGGGCUCUGUUGUACGCAAAGAAUACAAGCGUAUCAGAGACGCCGCGCUCAAGGUACAGCACGCGUAUCGCGGCUGGAAGCUGAGAAUAAUGUUCAUCAGGAAGCGGAGGGCAGCGAUCGUCAUUCAGAGUCACUUGCGCGGCGUGUUCGCUAGAGAAGUGGCGGCGGCGUUGAGGGAAAUGAGGCGAGUGGAUGAGGAAAUGAGGAAGAGGGAGAGAUUGGAGGAGGAGAGACGACUUAUGGAGGACAAGAAAGCGUUGGAAGAGAGCCAGAGCGCACAGUACAAUGGUAUUGUCGGAAUGGAGCCCGGGAAAGCGCAGGAAGAGAUCGCCGCGUUGUCGCAGAUGGCCGAACAAAUGAACUCGAAAAUGGCCGCCUCGGAUCUGCAGUCCGUCGACUUGGACAAUCUGUUCUCAUUCCUCUCCGACGUGCAGUCAACGAAAGGCAAUCAGAUCAUCGAGGAAAUCGGGGAGCAGAUGGACGAGCUGGUGGAGGACCUCGACGUGGAGCUAGAAACUGUGAUACAGCAAGAGAUGGAGAUGAACUCAAAAGCAGAGUCCAAAGCUAAUACUCCAAACGGUCAGGACGCUCCGUCGCCUCUGCAGUCGCAGCCUCAGCAGCAGAGGAUAACCGGUGGGACCACCGGCAAGCUUGGCCAACCGAGUCUUCCAGAACCCACUGAACCCCCUCCGCCUCCGCCGCCUCCUGCUCCACCCUUGGCCAUAAACGGAGACUCCUCCACCGACAACGGGGAACCGAUUUACGAGUCCGUUUUGCCGCGCGAGGACAACAGUCCCAGCAGUCCCAUCGUGGUGAACGGAAAUUCCGGCCCGCUGGUGAACGGCGACACCUGCGGAUCCCCCCCUCCUCCUCUGCCAAACAACAAGACCAUGAAGGAGCAAAUCGCCAGCAGUCCACCGUCGCGGCCGGAAUCCAGAAACUCGAACAGUCAUCAUUUGCACCAUAAUCAUCAUCAGCCGGUGCCUCAGCAACAGCAAAACGGCCACGACCAACAGCAACCGCAGACGCAACAGUCGCAACAGCCGCCCGUCGAACGGGAACAGAGACGCAAGUGUCGCGUGGAACGCAAGCUUCAGGAGCUGGAGGACAAGAAAGAGCCGGACAACGAAGUUACUUAUCACGAUAUCGUAGAGUUCGCGCAGAAUUACUUCAACAGCCAUGAAAGAUCGCCCGAGGGGACAAUUAUCGCUACGCUCACGAGGAAAUCGCGCGGCAAAAGCGUGGAGUACAUUCCGAAGUAUGAAAUGGUUACGUACUAUAAGGGAUCCACGAUACCGAAUUCUCAUAUUCACAUGUACGACCCUGAUAACGUUAACGUGGCCUGUUCGGUGUUCAGGGAUCUCUGCAAGUACCUCAGAGGAGAGAUGAAACUAGACCAGGAGAUCGCAACCAUACAGAGCAUAAUUGGCUACGGCAUAGAACGCGAAGAACUGCGGGACGAGGUUUUCGUUCAGUGCAUGCGUCAAGCGACGAACAAUCCUAAUCCAGAAUGGGCGGAACGUGUCUGGUUGCUGUUGUGUCUAGCGAUUGUUGCUUUCCAGCCCAGCAAAUUGCUGUACAAAUAUUUCGUGUCCUUCUUGAAGAAGAAUCUAGCCCUCGAAGGGAAAUUGAGGCAGUACGUGCAAUGGUGCGUCGAUAAUUGUAAGAACAUGAAGGUCUCGUGUAGACAGCAUCCGCCGUCAACAGUGGAAAUUGCUGCGAUGAGACGAUUAGGCACCAUAGUGUGCCGCUUCUUCUUCUUGGAUGGAAGAACCAAAGCGAUCGACGUUCAUCCGACCGACACCGCUGCAGACGCAGUGGCGAAACUAGGUGAAAAAUUAGGCUUGCGGUCUCUGGAGGGAUGGGCAAUCUAUCAGAGCAGACCCGACGGAGAAGAACAUGUGCGCGCCCACGACUAUUUGUACGACGUCAUCGCUGCUUGGGAAAUGAAGCAGUGUAAAUUGAACACAGCGCAGUCAACCUUCUCAACGCUGCGGCGUGGCAAUAAUGCUACGUUGGGCAGCGGUGACAAUCGAUUCGUCUUCAAACGUAGACUGUUCCGCAACACCCGAGAAAUCUCUCAAGAUCCUGUCGAGGUGAACAUGCUGUACGCUCAGGCUGUUUACAACGUGGUCAAGUGCGACGAUUUCCCGGUGUCCGAGAAGGUCGCGCUGCAGUUGGCGGGUCUGCAGGCCCAAGUGUCUCUGGGCGAUCCGAAAGACAACGAUCGGCUGGACUAUUACAGCGAGGUGGACAGUUUUCUGCCUUAUCGAAUAAGUCGCGCCCGCGGCGACGACGUUUGGGUGCCGAUAAUAGCACAGGCGCACAGACAAUACGGCGCCGGCCGUAAGGAACUGGCAGCCAAAGUGUUGUACUUGUCCUGCGUGAUGCAGUAUCCUCUGUACGGCACGACGAUGUUCAACGUCACCUACCGCGGCUACUGGUCCUACGGCAAUCAAUUGAUCCUGGGCAUUAAUUGCGACGGCUUGAUGCUGAUCAAGCCGGACGACAAGUUCGUCCUAUCGGAAUAUCGCUACCAAGACGUGGAGAGUAUCAUGCUGGACCCGAGCGACUCUUUCAUCACUCUGUCCCUGCUCCGACACAAUCCGGACAGCUCGCACAAAUGCUUCGUGUUCGAGACGGCGCAGAAGAACGAGAUAGGCAGCCUGAUCGUCAGUUAUUGCCCGUCGUUGGCCGGCUGGAUCACGGAGAACGAGGUCCCCACCAAGAAGCUCAAGUGUAUCACGAACGAGGAUCGCAUCAGGCUCUAUCAUAAUUUAGUGAAUUGCCGACGGACGCUGGUCGACGCGGAGAUACUGAGGAAACCUCAGGACUCGGGCGGUGGUUUCCUCAGGAACACCCUUAGAAGGCUGUCCAAGCACCGAAUAGAGAAACUGCGUCAGGAGCACGGGAGCGCGACCGAUCACGGCGAGACCUACAAAGGCUUCCCGUACGCCUAUUGGGCGUUCAGCAGGCAGGCGAUACCGCAGAGUCUCUCGAAACUGCCCGACCCGGACGAGCAAAUAUCGCUCAGCGUGUUCCAGUUGAUAUUGACGUACGCGGGUCUUGGCCAGAACGGCGACACCGUCCGGAGGGUGGAGGACGAGCACGUGAAUCUGAUACAGACGGUCAUGGAGCGUUGCAUAAGGAAAGAGAAUCUGUUAGGCGAGCUGUAUUUACAAUUAAUUAAACAGACCACCGACCAUCCUGACCCGAACAGUCGGGUGAACCUAAGGCACUGGGCGCUGCUGUCUCUGGCCUGUUCCGUGAUCCUGCCGCCGCAGAAGGUCAUCCGGAAGUAUCUGAUCGCCCACUUGAAGCGGUGCGCCAGCGACUACGUCACCGAGGAGGGCAAGUACGCUCGAUUCGCUGAGAAGUGCCUUUACAAGACGCAGGGCACGAGGAGGAGGCAGUGGCCGCCGAGCAGGGAGGAGAUCAUGUGCACCAUUAAUCGCAGGCCUAUUUACGCGAGAUUCCACUUCAUGGACGGACAGUAUCACGCCGUCGAGUUCCAUCCGUCGGCGACCGCCAGGGACGUGAUGGAGAUCAUUAAGACGAAGAUCGGCCUCGAGGAGACGGCGAUGGGUUACGCCAUAUACGAGGUCCUGGGAGCGACGGAAAGGGCGCUGAUACCUGAAGAGAAGAUCGCGGACGUGAUGUCGAAGUGGGAGCGUUACAGGACCGCGAACGCGCAACAGAACCAGUCGCAGAGGAAACACGCGCACCACUUCUUCCUGUUCAAGAAGCAUUUGUUCCUCGAUCAGUACAUGAAUCUCGACGAUCCGGUGGAGAAGGAGCUGUUGUAUCAUCAGGUGUUGCACGACCUGCGCGCCGAUCGGUUCCCCAUCACCGAGAAAGAAGCUAUGAUGCUGACAGCGUUGCAAGCUCAGCUGGAGCUAGGCGAUUGUCAAGACGCCGUGCUCGACCAUGAUUACCGCACCAUAUCAAGCCACUGCCUGCCCGCGAGACUAGUGCCGAGUUUAUGUUUAGAGGGUGUUCUUCAGCACCAUCAGUCCCUGAGGGGAAUGACGCCGCCGGAGGCGAAGAAAGCGUUCUUGAAUUUGAUACAGUCGUGGCCGUUGCACAGAGCUACGAUAUUCGACGUGAUGCAGUCCUUCACUUCGAACUGGCCGCGCGUCCUUUGGCUGGCCGUCGAUCAGCAGGGUCUUCAUCUUCUCGAGCAUCGUUCCAGAAAUGCUCUUUGCACCUACGAGUAUAGCAGUAUUCUCAGUUACAGCCCGGCCGUUAGUUGUUUGAUGAUCAUAACCGGCACCGAUAAGAAGCAGAGCAAGGUCAUUCUCACCACGUCCCAGGCCCAUCAAAUAGCAAAUCUGAUCCGCGAGUACAUGGACGUGCUGCAAUCGCCGCCGGAAGUGCCGAAGAGGGAGUCCGCUAUCGUUCAGCAGAUUGCUCAGCAACAGUUGCAGCCGCCGCCGGCGAAUCUGCAAGCCACCACCGGCGGCCGAAAGUCUCGGCCCGCUUCGGUUUUACAUAGAGGUGCUCCAGUGAUACAGUCGCAAGCUAGUUAAAAAGUUCGCCGAUUUUUCUAGGUGUAACACCUCUCUGCCUGGCCUGAUACGUGAAUCGUUUACCUCAUACGUGACAUUUCUACCUUCGACUCGUAUUAUUCGUUUAUGCAGGAUGUCCCGAAAAUUUCUCGCAAACCUGGGUGGUUCCUGAGGUCAUUUGAAGCAACUUUU